AUGGCGAAGAACAGAAACAAGAAGAAAGCAGGCACUACAGCAAUGGACAUCACUUUCGAUCGUGCGGUUACCGAUAUACCCCAAGCAAUGGACACAUCGGAGUCUGCAGCUCCAAACGUAUCCUCUGGUCCUCCCAAUAGAAUGAUGAAAAAGGGAAUACCAAUGAAGAGAUCAAAGAACGUUCGAAAGCAGAAAGCAAUGGCAAAAGCUAUAUCUCAAAAUGAGAAAUCCUUGGAGAAAAUUUUGAAGAAUGAAAGCAAGACUUCGAGAGCCCUGUCUGCAAAGAAGUUAUAUGAUUGA